AUGGUGAAUACAAAAAAGAUGUUAGAAUCAUCGUUACAACAUUUGUGUGAUGGUGUGGAGUCUUUCAUACAGAGAUCAGCAGGGCUUUGUAUAAAUUCCAGUGAGAGUCAGUGGAGCAUGUUAUUCAAGAGUGACGAUGUAUUUGAAAUCGGAAAGUAUAACAAUCCAAAUAGAGACUGUAAAAUAUUUACAAGGAUUAAGGUGCAUGCUGACAUGAAUUGGAGUAUCAUCUUGGGGGACAGAUUGUUGGACUCAAAGAACUUGCAUGACAUCGGCAUCCAAACCAAUAAAAUCCUAUGUGUAGAUGACAUAGCUCAUCUUAUGUCAAUCGCAGACAAUUUGCGCCUCUGUACCGGUGUUACUUGUACGUCGUAUGAGGAUCUACCAAAACUGACAAAGGACAUUAAUGGAAAUGUGGCUGGCAAGUACGAAGAAAACGCUGUAAUAAGUCCAAAUGGAGUAAUACAUAGCUCUUGCAGGAGAUCCAUAUCUUGUACUGGAGUUCUCAGACAAGGUACUUUUGCCAGUGUUUGCCCUUCAUGCAGUAAGCUACGCAAACACCUUAGUUCACAACUUUCCAAGUUGAAUAAAAAUAACCAACAAGCAACAACAACAAGUAUGAGCAACUCAAGUAGCAAGGUUAAUAAGAGAUUUCUUACAAACGAACAGUUGCAUGAACGAGAAGAUGAUCAAAAACGGAGGAGGAAAAAUGCAGAGAAAAGGGAAAUAUAUUGGCGUGCCAAAGCGGUGGAGGAGAAGAGAAUGAGAAAAAUUGCAGAACAAGACAACCGUGAUUUGCUUAUUAUGUUUGAAACAGUGAACAAAGAAGAAAAUACUUCCUUUCCUGAUAAUCCUGAAAUGGCCAUGUUUUGGGAGAUGCAGAAGGAUGUCAUAAGCAAAUCAAACAACAAAGGACAAAUCAGAUGGCAUCCAUUGUAAGUAAUAUACUAUACUGUACAUCUUACACUUAGUGUGGUGACACUUAGUGUGGUGAUAUUGUUAUGGUACAGGCACAACUAGAUAUUAAUUUCUCUUUCACCAUGAUGACCCAAAUUCUAAUUCCAUCCCUAAACACCUAAUUAAUCCCUAUAAAUCAAUGAAAUCCUAAAUAUAAUAAGUCUGUGCAGGACAAAAUAUAAUUAUCAGAAUAUAUUAUGACUUGAGGUCACAAUCACAGGGGUACAAACUCACCCCCACAAUACUCAUUGCUAGUAAUAAAUAUCUAUAACACAAUAGAAUAAUAAAGAUUGGCCGAUUUCAAUAAUGGUUAAUUUCUAAAUGCAAUGAAAAACUUCAUUCAAACUACUAUUGAUAUCAUCAGCAAAACAGAUAUUUUUGUUAAUAUAUGCAUGUCUAACCAUAUUAUGUUUCUUAUAAUUUAUUAAGGGUUAUAAAGACAUGCUUGGCCAUUUGGCAUCGUUCAAAAAACGCGUAUCGAGUGCUUGAAGAAUCUGGUUUUAUCAAAUUGCCAUCAAAACGACUAUUGCAAUAUCACAAAUCUAAAAUAAAACAGGUACUGGUAAUAUAUUUUCAAAACUGUAUAUAUAUACUGAAAAUAUGUUCAGUUUGCAUAUACUGUAUAUAUUAAAAUUAAUGGUGUUAAAUGGUUAUGCAUUACAGAGACCUGGUACAAAUAAGGAAAUGCUGUCUUUAAUGCAUCAAAUGGCUCAUGACAGCAAAUUGCCUCCAGCUGGUUACUGUGGCACUAUACUAUUUGACGAAAUGUCUAUUCAGGUCAGCAACAGGGAGUACAGAUCAGCUAGAUGGGCCAGAAGACAAAUUUACUUGCUCCCCAAUUAAAUGGUUUUGUAUUAAAAUAUUUUGAGUUUAAGGGACCAAUUACAUGGAGCAUUUUCAACCCAGUGAGACUAUUGCUGCACAUCAGGUCUGCAUCUUAAAACAAAACACUGCAUACAACAAACUGUUUCAACCCAUAGCUGAAAUCAUCCAUGCAGAUGCACCAGUUAUACUUAAUGGGUUGAAAUCAAAAUGCAGGGAACAGCUUUUGUCCAAUGGACCCCACAAAGCUUGCAUGAACCUUUGGCAUUGAGUGUUCAUAUUUUAUGCACCCCAAAAUAUUCGCAACUAUUUACAUUGGUCACAGUUGAUCGUAAUUGCCCCUGACAAUUAAAAACUAUUGAACAACUGGACUAGCUAUCAGAACUGUUUCAUGGUAUGCAUUAAUAUAAAAACGAGUGCCUGCAUGUUUCUUUUUAGGAUGAUGUGCAGUUAUAGUGAUGUGCACUCAUUUGAAAUUGUAGGAAUAGUGAACCUAGGAGAAGUUUACAAUAACAUCAAAGCAUUGCAAACAGGUUACAACUAGAAUAAGUGAAUAACUAAUUAAGUUACUAUACCUGACCACUGGGGCUUGAGUAUAGAGAAAAUGGCCUGCCAGUCUAAAAAUUUUUGGCAGGUGAAAUAAAUUUCAGCCUGCUGUGCAUUUUAUUCAUUGAACUGCCAAAAUGGCGAUGUCUCAUUUGAGUCAUAUUGUAAAAAUCAAUGUUUUCACGAUAUGAUUUUUUUAUUAUUUUUAAACUUGACUAUUGUACUACAAUAAACUGGGAUUUACAUUUCAAAUAUAAAUUAACGUAUUUAUAGUCAACUGAAUGACCUAUAUGAGUUGUGAUAAGCAAAUGAGAUGAAAUAUAUCUAUAGAAUUUCACCUGCCAUUUUUUUUUAACCUGGCAGUUCAAAUUUGUUUUUGCUUGCCAGUUCUUAAAGAUAUGGCCUGAUUUUGGCCAUUGGCAGCCCGCUAUUUCGAGCCCUGGUAAAUACAUGCAUUUAUAUAUCUAUACAGUACUAUAGAACCUUGGGAGAAUAUGACAAAAUAAUAACCCAUAGGAUUGGUGAUUUAUCACCAGAUAUUUACAUUUUCUCUAAUUCCAUAAGCAUAAUAUACUGUAAAGGUCCAAUCAACUUGUUGCUUGGUAGACAGUAAAUAUGAGCGACGUCACUCAGAUCUGCAACUAUGUAAUAAUGGCCUUAUUGACAUGAAUGUAAUUAUAACUCUGGGUUUUUUUGAAGGUGAAGACCGAACUGAGAUUGCAAGCCACAUCCUUCAAUUUAUGUUUGUUGGCUCCACUGGUUUUAAGUUCCCAUGUUGUUACUUCCCAACGGUUGAGGUAGAUCCAGUUACUCUGUAUCACACAUUCUGGGAUGUUGUAUUUGACCUUCAUGAAUAUGGUUUUGAAGUCGUCUUGUGUGUUUGUGAUGGAGCUGAGGCUAAUCGUUCAUUUAUCAAGUACCAUUUUGAGGAGGAUGCUGUGAAAGACAACUUUACAACAACAAACUUCUAUACAGGGGAACCAAUGAUUUUCAUGGUUGACCCAUCUGUAAGUAUACACAGAUAUUGAAUAGCUAUACAUGCUGUUAAUCAGAUGCAGUGGCGGCACCAGGCCUCAUAAUUUGGGGGAGGGGGGGCAAGAUAGAAUUUUUAAAACGGUGCUGCUAUUCGCCCAUGCUGUUGUCACAGGACUUUUGUCCCCUCCCCCCCCCAGGAGAUUCGCCCCCCUCUCAAAAGGGGCUGAUAUUCCUAGGAAUAUCGCCCCAGGGGACGAAUGUCCUAGGAAUAUCACCCCCCCCCCCAGAGGGGCGAAUGUCCCAGGAAUAUCUUCCCCUUUAGGAUAUUUGCCCCCCAUAUAUGCAAUGUGGUUUAUUCAAAUAAUUUCGUGAUACUUUCAUCUUAUUAGUGCCUUAAGGCCCAUACAGACCGGACGCUAUUUGGCGCAACGUACGCGACGCGAAUUUUCAGUUUUCAAUGACAUUUAACUUCAAUAUUUUUCAUUGUUUUUCAAAUAUUCCGGACCACUUAGCAAUUUUAGCUAUUAAUUAUGGUCUGCAUACCUUGUAAAAUUUUUAUCCGUUGACGGUUUUAUUUGUCAGUCAAAACUGAAAAUUUGCGUUGCGUUGCCGAAUCGCGUCUGGUCCAUGUGGGCCUUUACACGUUUGAGAAUUUAACUUUGCAAAACUAUAUAUAAAGCUUUUUUGUCUUUUUUGAAGCAUAUUAUUGGAGUUUUGGCGAUUUUUACCAUUCAGAGAUUUACAAACUAAUAUUGAAACUGUAAAAGACAGUUUCAUGUAUAUGCGCAUUCACUGAGUAAUGACAACUUAUAAGCCAUACAUUUUCCGAUAACGACAAAACGCUUGUGUAGCCUUUAGUCGCUCUCAGUGACUAAUAAUUUUUUUUGAGGGGGGGGGGAUAAUUUUGGGGGGCAUGCCGCCACUGAUCAGAUGAUGACCAAUUCAAUGCAUUCAUUUAUUCACUGUAUUACAUACUUAUAAUGUAUAAUCUAAUGACUGUACUGCACAUGAUGAGACUGGAAACUGCACCUAUACACCCGACUAACAAUACAUUCUUAUGUUGGAUUCAACUAUAUCAUUCCUGAAAAUAUAUGUUUGUUCUCUUCUCUUUUUUAUAUAUCUUAUGCAGCAUAACUUCAAAAAACUUCGAAAUAAUCUCAUGAAAAGCACCACUGGUAAAUCACCACGCAACUUCCAGUUGUGUGGAUAUAACAUUCUCUGGUCCCACUUAAAGGAUGCGUUUAUCUAUGAUGUUGAAAAUAAUCCCAUUGCCACAUUCAAGUUUCUUACCCCAGACCAUUUUGAACCCAACAGCGCUGGGAAAAUGAGGAAUUAUCUUGCUGAUGACGUUCUUGGUAAAAGAAUGCUAGAAGUUCUUCAGGUAACAGGAUAAUAUCGCCCACCAGAUGAUGUGACGUGAAACCUGGCGUAACGUUACAAUACCAAUUUUUUGUCAGCGAGUGUGUUCACAAUUUUGGAAUGAAUUUUCAAUUAGAACAAAAUAAUUUGUUUACAGAAUUACAAGCGACAUCUAGAAAAAGACGAAAGGAGACCAGUUACAUUCCUUGACAAGACUAUACAAUUCAUACAGACCACAAGUACUUUACUUAAAAACUUCAAGGCUAAAGCACCAUACAGGUAUUCCUUUAUGGUAAUUCAAUACAUCGAAGCAUAGUGCAUGAGUACAUAUUUAAUCAAUUGUUCAUCACCGGAUUUUAAAAGUUUAUGAUACGACAUAAUGUAUGUGAAGAUGCUAAUUUAAUUCCUACGUAUUAUUUUCCUUCAUAAAAGGUCACUUGAAGAUCCACGGUUGUUUGAGAAUGAAAGUUGUAUGGAGUGGAUCAUUACAUGGGAAGACGAUGUGAAAUCACUCUCUCAACUGAAACCAGUUGAAAGAAACAAGAGAUUCCUCAGUUUGAAAACGAAGUUUGAUGUUAUGUCGAUGAUCCUUGGUUUCAAGUCGUACUGCAAGACCUUAUUCAGCAAGUUCCCAGGGAGUCAAGCCCAUGUGUUGCUAUCAAACCAGGAUCCCUUAGAGAAUUUCUUUGGCGAACAGAGGGCCCAAAAUGGUCAAGCUGACAAUCCAACUAUACUUCAAACAGGUAUUUCUUGA